CUUGAUCGCUCCGUCAUCCGGUUCUUCUCUUUUCCCCUUCAUCCUCGAAGUAAACCCUUUAUGUUUCCAAAAAAAGCCAUGGGGGUCCGGCUCUUCAAACCAAUUCAGCAGGCGGUUAGCCUGGCAUUUCUAGUGCAGCAUGUAGUGUCGGCUGUUGAACCACUGGGCGUGACGUGGAUCAAUCCACCUUUCGAUGAUUUGACUGGGAUUCCGCAACGCUUUGCUCUCGGCAGUAAAUUUCUUAUUGAAUGGAGCGUUGGGAUGGCAUACUCCGAUUCCUUGACGAUUGAGAUUUGGCACUUACGACCUGGACCUUGGGACUCAGGAUCGGACCAGAUUGGCACUUUGCUCAAGGACAUCUACUAUUCAUCCGACCCUCGCGUCCAGGAAUGGUGGGACAUCGGGGACCAUGACAAUAUCAACAACUCAAUUCUCCUCGACAGCCGGGAAUUUAGACUUCGGCUCCGUCGAUCUGACGACCCGAACUGGAAAAUCGGACUUGGCUCUGCUGUACUAAUUGUACUGGCAAUCUUGACAACGAGGCUUUUCAUGAUCCGGCAGAAUAAAACUAAGCAGGCGGACAUUUCUGGCGAGGAUGUCGAGACUCAUGAUGUCGCUAAACUCCCCAACACUAUCCUUGUUUCGUUACCAACACAUGAACUGGCGGCUAACAAAGCCCAGUCCAUGAGCUGGUCGCGAACAAAUAUUACCCAGCACAUGAGCUUGUUGGAAAGAAAUCCGAGAACCUGGUGGUUGAGUUGCCGGCUGAGCCAAGUGCUCAAGAGAGGGAAGGGAAACCUGGGUCUGAGCCUCCCAGGUCAAGCACUGAGGGAAAUGAUUGCAGUAAAUGGCCGGCAACAUUCUUUUUGUGGUGUCAACUUCCCUUUCAAACACUGUUGUCAACUGGAGAAUGGGGCUGGGCUAGGUAUUGAUGUAAUGAAUAUGUUUUCAAGCUGGAAUGCAAAGUUACUGCAAGAGAGAGGCUUGCUGGAUCUAGGUAAUAACAUUCUUCAAAAGGCAAGAUAUCUGGCCUUUAGGCCGUAG